AUGUCCGACAAACACCUAGCCACCGAAGCCGAUGUCAAGAAUGACCACCUGGCCACCCACCAUGAAGACCUCGAGUACGGCGAUGCCGGGCCUCGCGUUCGCAACCCCCUCCGCGGUAUCCCCAAGCACGAGCUCUACCAAGGCGUCGAAGCAUUCACGCAGGAGCACAAUCUUCAGGAGUAUACUGAGGUCUUCAAGCGCGGCGCCUUGGUCGCACAGAAGCCGCUCGGAUACAACAGUCUCUCCGAGCUCUCAUCGGAGGAGAAGGAGGCGCUCCAGUACGAGCAGGACCACAAGUGGAGCGGUCCUUGGCCUCUCUACUUUACGGUCUUUGUCUGCGCCAUCGGUGCUGCGUGCCAGGGAUGGGACCAGACCGGGUCGAACGGAGCUAACUUGUCCUUCCCUGCCGAGUUCGGUAUCGCUACGCCCUUUGACCAGCCCGGCGGUGCCAACGAUGAGUGGAAAGUUGGAUUCGUCAACUCUGCUCCCUACAUCUCGGCCGCUCUCGUCGGUGUCUGGCUCUCUGACCCGCUCAACAACUACUUUGGCCGCCGAGGAGAAAUCUUCAUCACUGCUCUUGUCCUGAUCGUCACUCCCAUCGCUUCCGGUUUCACCCAAUCUUGGCAGGCCCUCCUCGCUGUCCGUCUUGUCCUUGGUCUGGCUCUUGGUGCCAAGGCUGCGACUGUGCCCAUGUACGCCGCCGAGCUCGCCCCUGCGCGUAUCCGUGGUGCUCUCGUCAUGGGAUGGCAGCUCUGGACCGCCUUCGGUAUUUUCAUCGGAUUCUGCGCCAACGCUGUGGUCAAGGACGCGGGCAGAAUCACCUGGCGUCUCCAGCUCGGCUCCGCCUUCAUCCCCGCGGUCCCCCUCGCCAUCCUCAUCUACAUGUGUCCCGAGUCGCCUCGUUGGUACAUGAAAAAGGGGCGCCUCACAGAUGCCUGGGCAUCGAUGCGCAAGAUCCGCCACCACGAGAUCCAGGCGGCUCGUGACCUGUACUACGCCUACGUCCAGUUCGUCGAGGAGUCGCAGACAGUCCAGGGCACCACCUACGUCUCUCGCUUCACCGAGCUCUUCACUAUCCCUCGGUGCCGCCGCGCCACUAUUGCCUCUUCUGCGGUCAUGCUCGCCCAGCAGCUUUGCGGUAUCAACAUUAUGGCUUUCUACAGUUCCACAAUCUUCGUUGAGGGCGGCUACACUCCCACUCAGGCGCUCUACGCAUCUAUUGGUUUCGGCGCCGUCAACUUCCUCUUUGCCUUCCCGGCCGUCUUCACCAUCGACACCUUUGGCCGGCGCAGUCUUCUUCUCCUUACUUUCCCCAACAUGUGCUGGACCUUGCUCGCCGGCGGCAUGUGCUUCUUUAUCCAGGAUGCCAGCCUCCGUACCACCCUCGUCGCUCUUUUCGUCUACAUCUUCACCGCCUUCUACUCUUUCGGAGAGGGUCCUGUCCCCAACAUGUACGCCGCUGAGGUCUUCCCUCUUGCUCAGCGUGAACAAGGUGUCGCAUGGGCUAUCGCAGUCACCAACUUCUUCUCCUCCGUCCUCGCCCUCACCUUCCCUCGUCUCCUCCGAGCCUUCACCGCUCCCGGCGCGUUCGGCUUCUACGCCUUCCUCAACGCCGUCGCCUUUGUCAUGCUCUUCUUGGUCUUCCCCGAGACCAAGCAGCUUACGCUCGAGGAGCUGGACUCGGUCUUCUCGGUGCCGGUGCCCGUAUUCGCCAAGUACCAGACAACCAAGGUGCUCCCCUGGUGGUUCAAGCGCUACGUCUUCCGCAAUAAGUCGGCGGUCUGCCCCCCUCUCUACCACAACGCAAGCGAUGAGUAG